AUGAACUUCAUCAGCGCUUCGUUGAGGUCGCCUGCUCGUGUUGCACAUCUGGCACGAAGUUACCCGCGGCGAACAUUCACGUCAACUUCUGCCGUGUUGUCUGGCCAUAAUAAGUGGUCUAAGAUCAAGGACAAGAAAGCGAAAGAAGACAAGGCACGGGGAUCACUGUAUACAAAGGCAGUUCGAGACAUUGUGGUUGCCGUACGCACGGGCGGUUCGACAGAUCCUUUAUUGAAUGUCGCGCUGGCAAACGUGCUUAAACGCGCAAAACAGGAUGCUAUCCCGAAGAGCACAAUCGAGAAUGCUUUGGCCAAGGCCGGCGGUGGUAAAGAAGGCGCAGCCAAUAUCACCAUGACAUUCGAGGCGAUUGCUCAUGGUAGUGUCGGUAUAAUAAUAGAAACCUUGACGAACAACAAGAAUCGGACCGCUGGCGACAUCAUGAGCAUACUGAAAGACCAUGGGUCUGCGCGCUCUGGCAAAGUCGACUUCAUGUUCGAACGCAAGGGCGUCAUUCGCGCCACCAUUGAUUCUAAUCCUGCAGAGGAGGAGCAACUCGGUGCUCUCGUCGAGGCUGCGUUGGAAAAGGAGGCGGAAGACUUUGACUCAAAUAAGGCAGGGGAGAAUGAGCCGACCGAAGUGGAGCUCGUAUGUGCACCUGAGGCGCUCUCCCGUGUGACGCAAACGGUCUUGGGGCGAGAGUGUGUUAGCUUGAUAUCGAGCGAGCUUGCAUGGAGACCAAAAGAAGCCGUUGAGCUUGGGGAUGAGAUUGAGAGCAGCAUCAGCGAACUUGUUGACGAGCUCGAAGAGCACGAAGACACGAUGCGAGUAUGGACUACGUUGGGCUGA